ACCAAUCACAGGCAGAGAUGAUGUAAACAAGGAAAUGGCGAGUGCAACCGAACCCAAAUAAGAGAAACGAAAUUAAAAAAAAAAAAAAAAAAAGCUUCUAACAUUUGUACACGAACAAGGUCGUUAGUGUCGGAUGGAGAAUGGAGGAAAGACACAAGAAGAUUCUUCAGCGCAACAGGACCAAUCUGGUGAAAGACCUGGACCCGUCAAACCUCUAUGAUGGCCUUCUUGAAAAAGGAGUUUUCACCCAAGACAUGAUCGAUGAGAUUAAGAGCUCUGGGACAAGACGUGACCAGGCCAGGGAGUUAGUCCGAGACCUAGAGACCCGCGGGAGUCGAGCCUUUCCAUUAUUUCUGGAGUGCCUCCAAGAGACAGAUCAGCACAGUCUGGCAGAGCUCCUACAAAAUGGAGCUCCAACAGUUCAUCUACAGCCUGCAACACCCAUCGAGGUUGUUCGCCCUGUUGUCCAGCCUCUGCCAGUUUCCUCUCCAAUGGAUAUUGAUAAGCAAAGAAAAGAUGACGUCCUUGUCUAUCCAAUACAGAGACCAAGAACUACUCCCAGUCCAUCACCUGAAAGGGAGAACGUGAGACCAAGGCCACAUGGCAGAACACGACGGGACAGUAUUCAGAGCUAUAAAAUGGAUGCCAGCCCAUGUGGACACUGCCUCAUCAUAAACAAUGUGGAGUUUGAACCUCAGAGCGAGCUGAGUAAUCGCAGAGGGUCCAACAUAGACUGUGACAAGCUGGAGAGAAGAUUCAAGGCACUGAACUUUAUUGUGGAAGUCAAGACAAAUCUUAAACAAAGACAAAUCAAGCGUGAACUGUCAGCUUUGUCUAAGAAGGACCACUCAAAAUAUGACUGCUGUGUGGUUAUCAUGCUGUCCCAUGGGACUGAGGUGAGUCACAACCGCUUCCCUGGCGCUGUGUAUGGUGUGGACGGACAGUAUGUCCCAGUUCAGCAUAUCACAAACUACCUCAACGGCCAGCAUUGCCCGUCUUUACAGGGCAAACCCAAACUUUUCUUCAUCCAGGCAUGUGGAGGAGGUGAAAGAGACACAGGCUUUGAAGUGUCCCCUGAUGAAGUCGAACCAUCCAUCAGUGGAGCAGAUGACCAGACAGACGCCAUUCCGAUGUCAUCCAGCAGCGACUCUUUGAGCAUGUCCGAUGAACCAGACGCCAGAGCCACUCUGCCCACACCGAGUGACAUUCUGGUGUCCUACUCGACUUUUCCUGGUUAUGUUUCUUGGAGAGACACCCAGUCGGGAUCCUGGUACGUUGAGACAAUGGACCGUAUUCUUGAGGAAAAUGCUGCCUCUGAUGACUUGGUUACAAUGUUGAUGAUGGUUAAUCAUGAGGUCUCCCAAAACUCUGCUAAAGGGCUCUACAAGCAAAUGCCUGGUUCCUUUAACUUUCUCCGCAAACUUCUCUACUUUCAAACCCAAGCAUAGUCCAAGCAAAGUUCAGCUGGACACGCUUCUCAGUUUCACUUUCAGGGUCAGACUCAAUGUUUGUCUGUUUCAAUCUCAUAAGGCUUGACUGUAAUUUCUUGGCAUUAUGUCUCAGCAGAGUUGCUAGAUGUAUGAAUUUGCUAAAUUGUGGCUGUGCUUUUACUGAAAUGAUCAUGCCUUUCUGUACAUUUCUAUUGUUUGUCAUAAUCAUUUGCAACUUUUCUAAAUGAACUUUUUAUGCGUAGCUGUCAUCUUGGAAAGAAAAUAUUUCUGUACUUUAAAAAUGCGGUUCGGUUACAUUUUUUUAUAUUGGGUUCUUAUCGACACACAUAGUAGUAGCUGUCAAUUUUUAAGAGCAGAUAAUCCACACAAUUUUCAAUUUGUGCUCUGCAAAUUGACUUUGCUGAUUCUUUAUUUUCAGUCUCUUUUAUAUACUGAUCUUGUUAACAAAAUGGGAUUUUGUAAGUAAUUUUGUGAAAAUGGAGGUGGAAAACGGGGUAGAAUCCAAAGGUGUCGACCUUCACUGUGAGCAGAAGCAUUUCAUAUUUCUUGGCGGAUCCUUUGCUCAUUUAUACACCUGUUUUUCUAUAGCUGCAUAGUCCAUAAUCCAACACACACUGUGUUGCAGUUACUCUAAUGUAAUGAGUUCAGCUGGCCCGUGGCGGAAUGAGUCAUCUGACUUUUUCACCACCACACCUUAUGUCUGUUCCCAGUCAUUUGUACAGACUGCAAUCACAGCAACAAAACAGGGAUUCAAUCAUUAUGACGGGCCGUCCCCGUCUGAAGAACUUGUCUCUCAGCAGUGACAUUAAACUCUCCCUUCCAACAUAAAUCUUAACCCACCAGCAGUGGUAGAACUUACACUUACCGUAAAACCAGAAGGAUAUUUAUACCCAUGAUUUAUGUAUGACAUUAAGUUGACAUUCUAUAUAAGCAUGAUGGUGUUGGUGCAUGUACUACCUGUGAGUUACAGUAGGGAAGACUGAUGGCAGCUUAAAGUUUAAAAGGUACUGUACUUUACUAGUUUCUAAAUCCAGUAGUUGGUGUUUGUGUGUCUCAGAAUACUCAACAUCUAACAGAUACAAUGUACCUUCUAUGACUCUUUUGGGUCCCUCCACCACCACCAGGGGUCUCCAUAAAAUUAGAAAUGGUUCCAUUUUGUUUGUAUUUCAAUCACCUCACAACAACACAAACUACUUCAAAUGUAGGUUUAUCUCUCACCUCUCAAACUGUAAACCGUGAAAUCACUCUGAAACAAGCCACGGGACACAUACAUCACUCACAUAAAGCUGCUUCUAAGGUUCCUGUGUUUGAAGAUAAGUCGGUGCCGGUUGAGGGCAGAAGGUGGUGAAUUUUUUUCUCUAAUAGUAAGAGUUUUAUCAUUAAGGGAGCGCCUCAAGGUCGUUACUACUGAGAGCUACGGGAAUACACGGAUCCCUACAGCUACGACUCUGUCAGCCUGGCUACAGUGCUGAAAAGAGGCCUAGGGGUUGUUUUUAUUUUCUUAAAUUAAAAAUGAGAAAUAGGCUGCUCAGGCAUUACUGAGGGCCCUCAAAUAUGUUUUAACACUCUCUUGCCAGGCUAAGUGGGAUUCUUCCAGUUUGGAAGUACGCCUUUCAGGUUUUUGCAUUGUUUGCUUAAUAUGCAGGUUUGGGAAUUAAAUCAUGGAACUGACCUCUUAUGUGUUACUGUUUUCUUUUUUAAGAAGGGCAGUAGAGGCAAUUGUCAUCACAUUGAGCCUGCAGCACUAUCAACAAGAUGGUGAAUUUGAGAGGGACUAGGGUCAGCAUAGGAGUCCUCUGUUAUAUUUCAACAUUGCAGUGAAUUAAGUGCUGAUGGAAUCAGUACCUUAAAUUUAGCUACAGCACAAUCAGAUAGACAUCUAGUGAAUACAUUUUUGCCCAAUGGUGUGUAGUCUAGUAAUAAGAAUUCAUAAGUUAUUAAAUAGUGGUCUGAUAAAGGAGGAUUCUGUGGAUGGACUAUUACAUGUUCAAUUUCAAUGCCAUAUUCCAGCACAAGGCCGAGGGGGUUGAGUCUAAUAACGAGAUAAACGCAAGUCUAAGGCUGUCAUUAUCAAUGUCCACAUGAAGAUUAAAAUCACUUACUAUUAUUUACUUUGUAUUCUAAGGACUAAACUUGAGAAAAUCUCAGAGAAUUCUAGGAGCAUACACUAUAACAUACACUAUAACAAAUAGAAUUGGCUUUAAAGUUUUCUGUGAUGACUGUCUAAGACUAAGAACCAGGCUUUUGAAUGA